AUGGAUUGGAUCGCUCCUGGACUGCGCCACUUUGCAUCAUACCCACCAUACAACACAUGCGACAAUCACGCGCUUUCUCGUGCCUUGUGCGCGCGCGCUUUCCCGCGCUUUACGCCAUAUGCGCGCAUCUCGCCCACACCUUGCGCGCCACAUCCAUAUCACUCUCGCAUCAUCGCCCCACACCCAUGGCAUAUUAUUCACAUCAGAGUCACCCUCGCAAUCCACCAUGCUAUGCUCCAUUCCCGCGCCUUCAUGCAUAGCGCGCGCACAUUCUCGCACCUCGUGCAUACCAUGCGCGCGCACCUUCCCACGCCUUUGCACCUUGCGCGCGCCUGCGCUUUCGCAUACAUUGCAUAUCACGCGAUAAUUCCUGCACUCGCACAUUCAUCACCCAACAACCAAAGCAUCGUACAAGCAUCGCACUUGCAUACUCUCACGCAAAAUCCUCACCACGCGCGCGCUGAGUGGGGACACUCAGAAUUUAAGUCCCUGGGAGAUGUAGAGACUCGUGUGUCUCAUGGUGUGAUAUGGCAGCUAUCUCUAUAUGACGCGCAGCUUUCCCACGCAAUGCGCGCCAUGCGCGCACCAUUCCCGCGCUUCGCGAUGUAUACGCGCGCGCGCGUUCCCGCGCUUGCGCGCCCUAUGGCGCCAGCCAUCCAGAAGCAUCCAUCCACUGUCCACCAAGCUCCCUACUACGUCCAUGGAGUGCGGGCAUGGCAUAUUCUGCAUGGAAUAAAGUGGUCACUCGAAGAAGACCAGAUUGAUGCGCUGCUAAAGGCAGCUAAGAAUCUCACUCCUGCAUCGUCGAAACGAAGGAAACGGCAACCUUACACGAUAGACUUCAUAACCAAUCUUUUGCAGAAACUGAAUCCGGACGAUCCCAUCGACGCAGCUGUAGCCAGCUGCUUAACUACGGCCUUUUAUUCCAUCGCUAGAGCCGGAGAGUUCACUAUUCCCAACCUAACUUCAUUCAACCCCGCAGCCCACGUGAAACGCAGUGACAUCCGUCACGAGAAAGACCGCAAUGGUCUGGACACCACCAUCUUUCACCUCCCUCGCACAAAAAUGUCGCACAACGGCGAGGACGUAUUCUGGGCCAAGCAGCAAGGUAUCACAGACCCAGAGGCAGCUCUGGAGAAUCACUUUCGCAUUAACGAUCCUCCGCAUCAGGGCGCCCUUUUCUCCUACAGAUGCAAGAACACGCACCGGCCUCUAACGAAGGCAAAAUUCAUAUCGCGUCUCACUCAGGCAGCAAAAGACGCUGGUUUGAACCCUUUGCAAGGCCACGCCAUUAGGAUCGGAGCCACACUUGAAUACCUCCUUCGAAACGUCCCAUUUGACGUCGUCAAAACGAUGGGGCGUUGGGCUAGUGAUGCAUUUCAGCUCUAUCUUCGCAAUCAUGCCCAGAUUCUCGCGCCUUACUUACAAGACAACCCAGCCAUCCAGAAUGAAUACUUGCGCCUUUCAAUGCCGCGCUUCGCUCAAUGCGUCGCCGGACUCCUAUUAACUUGGGAGUCGCAGCUCACCUUUCCUUCACAGGGUCAGCAGAUCGGGACCGGAAGGCGCGCAGCGCCUUCGCCCAAAUAG